AUGGCUGAGAGGGAAGCGGCUCCAGACGCGGACAACAUGAUCGACCUGGGGCUGAAGCCCCAGUUCUUCCUAAACCGCCUGCUGCAUGGGGUAUUCUGCAGCGACACCUUCCGACAGGCCAUGAAGAAUAGAAAACGAAGCCAGCGUAAAAUGGAAAUCUUCAUCCUACUGCUGAUCGUGUUGCUGAGCUUCCUCCUUCGUCUCUUCUCAGUCAUCCGAAAUGAAGCAAUCAUACACGAGUAUGACCCCUACUUCAAUUAUAAGUUAACCAAAAUUUUGGGAGAAAACCAUUUUUACGACUUCUGGGAUUACUUCGAUGCAAAGUCCUGGUUCCCUCUGGGGAGGACAACAGGACAGACGUUAUUUCCCGGAUUGAUGUUGACGAGUCAUCUGAUUUGGAAGCUUUGCCACAUGCUUGGGCUGCUAAUCGACAUAAAAAUUGUAUGCAUAUAUAUUGGACCCCUAUUCAGUUUCUUAACCUGUAUAAUGACAUACAUUCUGACUGCGGAAGUGUAUCCUUUUCGAGGUGCUGGAUUAAUAGCAGCUCUGUUUGUUUCCAUGUCGCCAUCCCAUGUGUCCAGGACCGUUGCAGGAUCGUAUGACAAUGAAUCCAUCGCGAUAUUUUUACUCCUUCUAUCUUUGUAUACCUGGAUUAAAUGUUUGAAGGAGGGUACUCUCCUCUCAGCUCUUUUCUCCUCACUCAGUACCUACUACAUGGCCCUCUCAUGGGGUGCCUAUAUUUACAUCACCAAUUCGAUAAGCUUAUACAUGUUAGUGAUCCUUCUGCUGAAGAGGUACCAGUUAAAAAAUCUCAUCUCCUUUAAUGUGUAUUAUGUCUUGACAAGUAUCCUCUGCCUGAACAUUCCCUGCAUUGAGAGGUCCGUUUUUCUAAGCAUCGAGCACCUUAGCACGCAUGCCAUCUUUGUCUUAACGAAUGUUCUACUCCUAGCUCGCCACGUCAUUGUCUACCUCAGAGUAGACAAAUCGAAGUUCCAACGUAAGUUCGUACAAAUGUGCUUUCUCUUUUUUUUUUUCAUUUUUAAAUUUCUAAUCUUUACACAUAAUAAGCUCUCAUGGAAUCAUAGAUCAAGAACGCUACUAGAUCCUACUUAUGCAGCUAAGCACAAUCCAAUUGUUACUUCCAUUUCUGAGCACCAGCCUACCACUUGGUCUUCCUACUUCUUUGACGUGCACCUUGUUUUGAUUUUUGUUCCCAUUGGACUCUACGAAUGUAUGAAGAAGCGAGCCCGGGUUGAAGCGUUCUUCUUGGGUAUCUUUUCCGUCCUCUGUUUGUACUUCUCCGCCCUCAUGGUUAGACUGCUUCUCAUAUUUGCUCCCAUCGCGAGUGUCUUGAGUGCCAUAGGGUUGUCCUCCCUGUUGAGUCGCUACGUGCGCUUCCUGCGUGUGUGUCCUAGCACAUACAGGGCGUCUCUACUCUUUGGAAGGGAGGUCCCCCACGGGGAGGGCUCCUCCUCUGAGGGCAAUUACACAUGUGAAGAGGCAUCCCAGGGUGAAGAAGCAUCCCCGUGCGAAGAGGCUUACAGAGGUGAAGAUAAUUAUACAGAUGGGGAGGGCCGCUCCGAUGGGGAGAGCGAUGUGGCGAGCCAGGCCUCGAGUGACUCCACCAACGCGUUAGCAGCUCACCACAUAGACGACCGCAUCAUGAAGCUUCCCUUCAACCGAACAGAGAACACCAAGGUGUCUAUCCUGACGAGUGUGUGCAUCUUAACCCUCCUAGGCUACUUCCUAAUUUUGACCAUCCUGCAUGCCACCUGGUGCUCGUCCAUCGCCUACUCCGAGUCAAACAUAACCUUUUACAGCCGAAAUGAAAAGGGAGAAAGAUACAUAAAUGACGAUGUCAGGCAAAUGUACAAAUGGAUUCAACAAAACACAGAAACCGAUUCAAGGAUAGUGGCUUGGUGGGAUUACGGAUAUCAGUUGAGUGUCAUGGCAGAUAGAGUGACCUAUGCUGAUAACAACACCUGGAACACUACACACAUCGCCACAGUCGGGUUGAUUCUUAGUGUGAAUGAAAAACAAGCCUACGAUUAUGUGAAGAAGCUUGAUGUUAAUUACGUCCUCGUCUCAUAUGGGGGAUAUUCAAAGAACUCUUCAGAUGACCUGAACAAAUUUCUGUGGAUACUAAAAAUCACUAACAAGGAAUUUAAGCAUAUAAAUCCACUUCUAUAUUACUACCAUGAUCAGCAUCACCCCCUAGGGAAGAAUGCGACCCCAUUUAUGUCGAAUAGUCUCCUAUACAGGCUCUCUUACUUUAACGUGUCCAAUGGGAAACACAGGGGGUAUGACUACAUAAGGAAGUUGCAGGUCCCGGAGGUCAAGGGACUACGCUACUUCGAGGAGGUGUUCACAUCCGACGUGUGGGGCUUCCGCUUGUACCGGGUUAGGGAAGACGUCUGA